GAAGACGUUCAGCGGGGGAGCCAUGCUCUCCCUGAUUUUCCGCUGGGUGGUGCUUGUGGCCCUCAUCUCAUUCAUCGUCGGUGGAAACGUGUUGGUGUGUUUAGCAGUGAGCACAAGUCGGCAUCUUCACCGCACCAGCAGCUGUUUUGUGGUGGCUCUGGCUGUGACAGAUCUGCUCCUUGGCCUGCUAGUAUUGCCUCUGAGCGCCACCUUAGAGCUGCGCAGUGGUCGCUGGCCAUUAGGGGGCACUAUUUGCAACAUCUAUCUCUCUGUAGAUGUGACUUUGGGCACUGCAUCCAUCUUCACAUUGCUUGCUAUCAGCGUGGAUCGCUACUUGGCCAUCUCAUCACCACUUAGGUAUUCCACAAGGCUUACUCCAGCACGAGCAACAGCAGCAGUUGUGGUUAUUUGGAUCCUUUCGCUCACAUUGGCUUUUGCUCCCAUCCACAUGGGCUGGAAUACGGCAGAUUUCUCCGUGCAGAACCGUGACUGGAGGAUGGGGGAUGAGGGAGAUGAGGGACGGACAUGCCGCUAUGAGUGGAACAAUAGUUACGUGCUGCUUGGUGUGUUAUGCAUCUUCUUCCUCCCUCUGCUGGUCAUGUGUGGGAUGUAUCAUCGCAUCUUCUGCAUGGCACGUGAACAGAUGCAUCGUAUCCGUGUUGCCACUCCGUCCUUCACUCGUUCAUUAACAUCGCUGAGACGGGCCACACUGAGGGAACACAAAGCCACCGUGACUCUGGCUGCAGUCCUUGGAGCCUUCCUCAUCUGCUGGUUACCAUACAUGAUCUUUUUCACCUGCAUGGGCCUGAGGCGCGAGACUGAGCCACCCAAACUUGCACACUCCAUAGUGCUCUGGCUGGGUUACUUUAACUCGGCCUUGAACCCAAUCCUGUACCCUGCCCUGAACCGAGACUUCAGGCGCGCCUAUGGACACCUGCUGCACUGCCGGAACCCUUGCAAGAACCUUUCCAUCUCCAUGAUUACCUCAGGAAAAGGCAGAAGCACAAUUUCUAAUGAGUUUCAGUGUGCAAAAACUGCAGAGGGUCAGUAG